UAGGCAAAAAAAGUUUCAAGCUUUAACGGCUUCGCGGUCACACUCAAAAUCCGGCGUCUUAAGAUUUCCGCGUUUUUUUAAUUUAUUUUCCGUUGUGAGUAGACUAAACUCCUGCAAGAUGUCGAUGUUUUGGGGUCUGAACAUGAAGCCUGAGCGCAAGUACUCGCAGACGAUCAUCAAGUCGUUCCACAUUUCCGGCGUGGCCCUCGACAAGGGCCAAGAGGCAAAGUUGUACCUUGCCGCCGAGAAGCAGGAGUACAUCGUGGCCACUGUAACCAAGGCCAUUCCUCAGGUGGCCCUGGUUAACUUCAGCAAGGGCGAUCGCAUCAUGUUCUACACUGCAGGCGACGCCAGCGUUUCUCCUGGCUACUUGCACGACAUUGAUUCCGACGAUGAGGACGAGGAUUUCAGCCUCGAGAAAUUGCUGAAGGGCAAGGAGGGCAAAAAGAGCAAGAAGUCCGAGGAUGAUGAGGAGGACGAGAGUGGAGAGGAGGAAGAGGAAGAUUCCGAGGAGGACAGUCAGCUGAUUGGGGAGUACGAGUCUUUCCUUGAGAACGGAGGUGAUGAUGAUGACGAUGACGAUGAUGAGGAGGACGAUGAGAGCGGAGAGGAAGAGGAGGAGGACAGCGACGAAUCCGAGGCUGAGGAGGAGCAGCCUAAGGCCAAGGUUGCCAAGCUGUCGCCCGGUGCCAACGCCAAGAAAGCCGGCAAGGAGCAGAACGGCGUGGCCAAGAAGGAGGAGACCAAGCAGCCAAAAAAGAAGGAGAAGCCCGAGGCCAAGAAGGAGAAGGAGCAGCCCACCCAAGAGCAGGCCAAGCAGCAGCCAGCUGCUGGAGGAGAACGCUCCCUCUCCGGCGGUGUAAGUGUGGAUGUGCUGCCCGGCAAAGGCGAAGAGGCCAAGCCGGGCAAACGCGUCUCUGUCUACUACACCGGUCGCCUGCAGUCGAACAACAAGACCUUCGACAGCCUGCUGAAGGGCAAGCCCUUCAAAUUCGCCCUGGGCGGCGGCGAAGUCAUCAAGGGCUGGGACGUGGGUGUCGCCGGCAUGAAGGUGGGCGGAAAGCGCCGCAUCAUCUGCCCCCCGCACAUGGGAUACGGGUCGCGAGGAGCUCCACCUAAGAUCGGCCCCAACUCGACACUCGUCUUCGACGUGGAGCUGAAGGCAGUGCACUAAUCGUGUGCAUCACAUCAUAUAGACUCGUAAUCAUGUAGCCAUUAAGUCUCCGCGUCGUACAACUUGAUAAAAUGUUAAAUAAACCACUGUUUUUGCACGCUGUUCAUCAAUCAAA